AUAUCGGUACAAUGUUGAGACGAAAAUUUUCUAACUCUAUCGCCGCUUAUAUUCAUGCCCGUGGAACGUUGAGCAAAGGCCUCAACCGGGCAUUUGCAACAUUGCUUGCCGGAGCACUUGGCUUGGGCGCACAUCACUUGGCCGCGCUCGCCGGUGACAAAGGAGAACCCAUACUACUCGGUGUGUUUGUAUUCAUGCUAGCGGCUAUGGCGACAUUCUCCCGGUUUAUGCCAGAGAUAAAGGUUAGAUAUGACUACGGGGUGACGAUAUUUAUACAAACAUUCAGUCUUGUGGCUGUAUCGAGCUACAGAGAGGAUGAACUUAUUAAACUUGCGUACCGGAGAUUGUCCACUGUAGCCAUUGGUGUAACGACUUGCCUCUGCACCUCCAUGUUUGUCUUCCCAGUUUGGGCUGGAGAAGAUCUCCAUAUGCUGGUGGCAGCCAAUCUUGACAAGCUCGCAUGCUUCUUGGAAG